GUUUAUCUUUAUUUUUCCAGCAAAAAUGUUUACAUUUCUGUUAAUGCUGUUCUUGGUAGGAUCAGUCUCUGCUCAAACAAUUGAAGAAGAGGCUGAGGAAGACGGUGAUGCCCAAGAAAAUACAGAGAUUUCCCUUCUAAGUGAAGGAAAUUCUGAAGAAUGCCAAAAUGUCUCUGUGACACUGGACAAAACCACAUAUCCCAAAAUAUGUCCAGGGGAUGAUAAAUGUCACUACAGAUUCUUCGGCCGAUGUACUACCUUUUUUAGAGCUCAGAGACGGUGCAGACGCCGGCAUGGGAAUGUCAGUUCAAUCCACAGUUUGUGUGCCAAUAAUUAUAUUGCUCAUUUCGUGAGGCGUAUAAACAGACAUGUGAGAUUUGUCUGGAUUGGUGUGAUUAGAGGUGGAUGUUCACGCCGAAUCAGAAAUGCAGAUGGCAGUAAAAUAGAUUUCACCAACUGGGCAUGUGGACAACCUGGACAUAAUCACAAGAGGUGCACCGCCAUAAAUAUUUGUAAUGGAAAAUGGUACUCUUUCAAUUGCAAUGCUCGACUGCCAUCUAUAUGCACCUUUUAACAAUGUUUUCAAAUUGCUUGCAAUGCCUUCUUCUCUACGUUGGUACUUGAAGACUCUGCUCAUACAUGGUUAUAAACAAAUUCCUUAUACAGCUCAAUACAAUGAUUUCUGAUAUGUAUCUGUUAUUUGAUAGUUCACUGUGUGCUUAGAUAAAAUUGCUUCUGCAGGACAUUCUCCAUUAUCUUGGACAGGGUUUGAAAGAGCUACCAAGCAGUGUGUCAGGCCUCCAAACUGUCCUGCAUUUGGUGGAAUAGACCAUUUUGGUGUCCUGUCCUGGCUCACGGUUUAGUUCCUGGUGUCCCACAGUACAACACAAAUACAUCAAUAGAUGCACUCGUGCUCUGCAGUGGGCACUAGGAUCAUACAGAGAGUAGUAGAUUUCUCUGCAUUAUCCUGUAUGUAGAGGAGCAGCCGCAAGGCUGUCUGUCAGCUUGCUGUGCUUGAUGCGAGGCUGACUUGCCACUUCAGGUCACUUCAGGGGUGGAUUUACCCAUUGUGGGCAUUGCCAGUGAUGCAAGUUGCAUCAUUAGUGACAACCCCUGAAGACCUGCACACUCAUCCUGAAUCCAAACCUUCUAAUAUUCUGUACCUCUCAAGGUAUGAUAUGUGAAUUCAUGGGUUUCCUGUAUGACGUUACUGGCACUGGUUUCCUGGCAAUAUUCCAUUAAUGGGACACUCUGGGCACCAAUGGGACUUUAAUGCGUUUGAUAGAUUUUGACCUCAUUAAUUUGCUCUAUUUUGUUGCAUGCUCAAAUCUUUAUAGUUUUUGCAGAAUGCAGCACCAUACACCUGCCUUCUUAGCCAUGCCCCCUUAUGCCCUACUCUUCCUUAUCAACAGUAUGCAAACAGUCUCAGCCCCAACAGCACUGAGUGAGUGGCUUUAACAACUAUAACCUGGCAGCAGACAGUCAGCAGACAGUCAGAGACAAACAGGUAGUGAUAUCCUUACUAUAUGAAACAGGCUUAACGUGCAGCAUUCCUCAAAGCAUUUUUUUAAUAUCCAUAAAAGUAUAAAUAUAUAACGAUUUGAGCAUGCAAACAUACAGCAUAUUAAUGAGGCCAAAACUCAUUAGUAGUAUUGGUGUCUGGAGCGUCUCUUUAAAUAAUUUGAAACAUAACAUUUCUCAAACUCCCAGGUAGCACUUUAAAACAUUCUUUAAAACAGGGGUGCCCAAUAGGUAGAUCCCCAGAUGAUUUAAAACUAUAGCUUCCAUGAUGCUCUAUAAUUCUUAAAGACAUUUUAAAAGCAUGCAAAGCAUCAUGAAAGUUGUAGUUCUACAAAAUAUGGGGCAUCCCUGCUCUAAAAGAAUGCUGAAUUGUGCGACCCACAACAAUUAUUGUGACAUACCAACAUAGCCACAAAUUUGUGGUCCCACCAUCCUGACUUAGUUCCCUAAUGUACUGCAUCCAGGGGCACUAAGGAACUGUCUCCAGCAAGUGCAACGCAAGCGCUUCAUAAGGCAAGCUUUCACUGUGCUGAGGGCACUAGGACCACAAAAUGAGAGGUCCAGCAGCUGCUGUUAGUCAGCCUGGAGUGUAUUCCUGCCAAACUGACUGCCAGUGGUGCAAGUGAUGCUACUUGCAACGUCACUUUAGGUCUGCUCACCUCCUGUCCUGAGUUCAUAUCUCUUAAUGCUGGAAGUUAUGCUAAUGUAUAUGGAUAACUGUGCUAUCAUUUCCUGUUUACAGAAAGACCCUGUCUGAGAACUCUGAAAAUGAGCUGAGAUUUGUAUAAACGUAAAUGCUUUGCCAAUGCACUAUUAAAAAUUCAAGCAGCAACUCA